AUGGUGGUAGCGGAAGGCGCCCAAACAACGCACAUAGACGCGCUGCCAGACCAGCUGCUGGGCCAAAUCUUUGCUGUAAUUGGGCGCGGCCACUUCGGGCAGACGAUUGCGCUGGUGUGCCGCCGCUGGCGCCACGCCUACUUCUGCGCGCAGGGCGUGUGGGGCAGGCUGUGCCUGGACACAAUUGAACCCAUCAUGCUGCAGCCAGGCGACCGAUUGCGCUGGUGCGCCGCCAAGCUGCGCCUGUUGGCCCGCGUGCGCGGUGCGGUGACGGCCGUGGCCAUCUGCGACCGCCGCGGGGUGCUGGCCCGCCUGGACCCCGCCAGCGGGUUGGAUGCCGUGCACAUGCUGGGGUGCCUGCUGCCAGAGCUGGUGACGGAAGUGGAGCUGGAGGUCCACCCUGCGCCCACCACCGCCACCAUCGCCGCGCUGACGCGCUUCACCCGCCUCGCCUGCCUCGCGCUGGACGCCCCCGGGCUGCCGUUGGAGGCGGCGCCGGGGCAGGCGCUGGCAGCUGCGCUGGCCGCUGCGCCCGGCCUGCGCUCCCUGCGCCUGUCGGUGCAGCGGCUGCCGCGGGAGGCGGCGCCCGCGGCGCUGCUGCGCCUACAUGAGCUGGAGCGGCUGGAGCUCUGGUCCCACGCCGCGCCGCUGCCGCCGGGCCUGGACCAGCUGGCGGCCCUGCGCCGCCUGCGCCACCUGCGCCUCGUCGACGACAGCCAGCGGCAGCCCUCGCUGCCCGGCGCCCCGCAGCAGGGCCCCGGAGCAGGCGCGCAGCAUGGCGCGCCGGGCGCCGCCGCCGCCUCGGGGCACGCCCCGCUGCGGCCGCCGCUGCCGCGCGACUGCCCCUGCCUGGAAUCCCUCAGCAUCUGCACCAGAGACAACCUGUGCGGGCAGGAGCCUGUGUCUGUGCAGGUGGCGGACGCGCGGCUGGGCUUCCUGUUCUGCCACCUGGUCCGCCAGCCGGGCGGUGGCGCCAGCCAGGCGGCCGUCACGCUGGAUGCCCGCGCUCCCCUGGUCGGCCUCGGCUCCCUGCGCUGCCUGCUGGCUGCGCUGCUGCCCGCCGCCACCCCGCUGCUCUCCCUGCAGCUGGCUGGCUGCCGGCUGGACCCCACAGGCCUGCACGGCUGCAGCCAGCUGGCGCAACUCAGCGCCCUCACCCUCCAGCGCUGCACCGGCGGCGGCAGGGGGGAGGUGGCGGGAGCGCUGGAGGCUCUGCUGGGCCUGGCUCCACGGCUGGCAGACCUGAGCGUCAGCGACAGCCUGGCGGGCGCCGUGCCGGGCUGCCUGCUGCGCGCCACGAGCCUGCGGCGCCUGGACCUGUGCAGCAACCAGCUGUCGGAGCUGCCGGCAGGGCCGGUCUUGUCAGGCCUGACUGAGCUGGACCUGUCAUCCAACAACCUGGCGCGCCUGCCGCCAGCGCUGACCGCCGCCACAGCGCUGCGCCGCCUGCUGCUGGCGCGGAACGAGCGGCUGGCGGUGACGAGCGCCGAUGUGGAGCACACCAUCCAGUGCCUGCCCAGCCUGCAAUUCCUGGAUGUGACGUGGACGCAGACGGCGCCAGACGUGCUGGAGCAGCUGCGUAGCAGCCUGCCGCGGCUGGAAGAACACCUGCCGCAGCUGGAACGACGCCCUGCCUGA